UCUGUGGUUUCGGUUGCACCGACCAGAAAAAAAAAGGUUUUGUUGCUCGAAAGGGUGAGGAGUGGUUGUGCUUUAUUGCUAUAAAAAAGACUAUGUAUGCGAAAUAAACAUGUUGAAAUUUAAAAAAAUGGGUUCCGAGAAAGUACCGUUGCUGCUUGUGACUGCGAACGUUGGAUCUAUAUUCGAGGACCCUUCUGUAAUGCUCCCGAUUUGGACCUCCGAGUUCCUCCAAGCAGUAGCACGUAUGGACCCGAAGUUCAUCGCCCUCCAUCUUCAAGAAGUCGGCGGCAAAGCGUAUGAGAAGUCCAUGCAAUACGUCAAAGACUUCGUACAGAGACUCUGUGAUAGUCCAGAACUACGGCUCUAUGACAAGAUCAGGAUAUUCCUGGACGAGGACUUCAGCUCUCCGGAGAAAUUUACGGCCCUUGGCAACAUGUACUUCGCUCAUUCCACAUUGACGGACCUCAAGAUAUGGGACUUUGAACUAAAGUCCUAUGUUGACGUAGUCAACAAAGAAGUCAACAGCGGGAACAUUGAGAAAGUCACCACUAAGGAGAAGGCCAAGUUCCCACAACACUUCUUUCCUGAAUGCAAAUGGUCUCGCAAAGGGUUUCUGCGCACGCGCUGGUCGAUCCGCAGCACUUCCAUAGAGUUUGUCAACAUACAUCUGUUCCAUGACGCUUCCAACCUGCUGGCUAUGGAGCCUUUCCCAUCUGUGUACUGUCGCAGCCGAAGGCGAGCGUUGCGACAUACGCUGAGACACCUGCACUCGGACGUCAAUGGCGCGCCAUACUUCAUAUUCGGGGACUUCAACUUUAGGACCGACACUGGUGCUGUCGUUAAGAAAGUAACAGAAGAGCUAACCGCCUGUCGUCUCCAAAACGGUGCAAGCGUAGACUCAUCAAAAUUACAGUAUCGCGCCAAAGCGGACGACAGGAUCGUGCUUACUGUGGGCAAGAAGGAGUUUGGGCACGUUGACCAUCAGAAGAUAUUCCGCGAGCCCUGGCUGCAGAAAUAUGACAGAGAGCUGGAAGCCUUCAAGCCAAACCUGUACGAAUUCCCCGUGAAGUUCCCACCCUCGUACCCUUUCGAAGAGGACGUGCAUCUCCCCACGCAUUACAUGAAGACCAGAUGUCCGGCGUGGUGCGACCGAGUGUUCCUAUCGCAGUCCGCGCGGCUGUUGGUGCAACAGAGCGACGCCAGGACUGGGGAGAACAGGCUGCACGGCUCUCGGAAAUCGGUAGCAGAUUCAACAGAUAGCGGAAGCGGGCGCGUAUCGUCUUCAGACAGCAGUCCCGCCAGAUCCGGCUCGCCGGCGAGACAGCACAAUCAGCAAUGGAGUCCCAGCAGAACCCUCGAGAAGAAAAGCAGCGCGGCAGAAUUGGACGUGCUCAGCGUGCCCGGCAUACAGGCCAGCAGGAAGAGCAUUGCAGACCCCACCAGCUUACAGCAAGCCAUUAACGCCAGGGUAUCAGAUUCAGAAGUAUCUCCGGGCCGCCGCAAACUGGUACGGAACCAAUCGGAAGGAUCACCAAAAUCAGGCGAGGCAUCGGCGGAACUUCGGAGAUUGGUCGACGCUCCAGCGCGCAGGCGGAGCGAAUAUGGUGUCAUAGGAGAUGCAGCUUGUAUGGGGGACCAUAAGCCGAUUUACCUCCGAGUGAUGCUGCAAAGCGAUCGAGGUAUCGUACCCUGCAACCCCCUUCCCCCGCGUCUCAAACGCUUGCCUACAGACCCUGACAUAUACGCGAACAAAAAGCUACUAACUGUAAACCAUCUAGAAUAUUCCACCAGCCACCCCGACCAACUACUACCCGACAAACGAAUAAAACGUUCUAGAACGGGUUCACUUAACGAAAAGAUAUUUCGUAUUCCAUUCGUCGAAAUCACUCGAGCAGACUAUACGAGUUACGACGGUAUAUUCGUUAACGAUAUCGACACAACUUUGUUGAGUCCCAAACAGUUUUCGGAUCCGUAUACGCCGGAAAGCGUCGAAUCUUUUACUCCAAACGCUGACGUAUCCCCCGAAUUGACUAUUGUCGAUGAUUUGGUAGUGACCACUCUAACUCGGGAUAGAAGUGUUUCGCCGUCUCAAUUAAAAACUAGGUUAGACAUGUUGUUGAGUAGAAACUGUAAAAGCAAAAAUAGCGACAAAAGAGUUCCCGAACUACAAAGGUUGGACAGUAGGGAGUCUUGCAAGUCGGGUAGUAGUAAAAAAGGGGGGUUGUGUUGUUUGGCGUUGAAAUGUUACGGUUUCUGUAGGAAUAGAGCUCGUAAAGUGAAUUGUAGCUGUAGUGGCUUGAAGUGUUGCUCCUCAUGACGUUUGAACGUUUGUUGUGUUUUGUACCCUUAGUAUACGGAAACGAAUCGAAACGAAGCGAUGAUAAUCGUUCCGCCUCACUCACACUAUACACAGAUAUAAUGUGUUAGUGAGAUCGAAAGAUUAUCGCUGCUCGUUUCAAUUCGUUUCUUUAAUGGCACGUUUUAUACAAGUUUGUACCUUUCGAAAAUGUUGAUAGAUUUCGACUAUCGAAACACUGUAUCGUGAGUAACUGUAAUACAAGAGUAAAAAAGGACCAAGGUCUAAGCAAGCGCGCUGAAUUCUAGACCUAGACAUUGUCAAAGUUUGAGUAAAAAACUAACUAACUAAAACUAGUGUUUCGAUACUUGAAAUCUAUAUCGUUGCAAACUUAGAUUAAGCCAGUUACCCGCAUUGGUCGAUUACGGACAUGGAACAGACAAGGAUGGCAAAUAUCGCUGUCGUUUUCACGCUACUUAUACUGCAUUUUUAUACUUAAUCGCGAAAGCUUUUAUUUUGACUAGAUUGACGCUACCCGCACUGUAGUUUCCUUAUAUUACUAUAGUAGACUUAAUUAUACAAUGUAUAAUGUAUAAUACGUAUUAUACCUAAUAUUAUUGUAUCUGUUGUCGUCUAAUGAGGAUUUUUUGUUCAACCCUGCGUUGAAUUUUAAAAAAGUUCAUUUUUAAGUGACUUCCAAGUUCAAAUCAAAGUCAGUGGUACUAAUUCAUUUGUAAUCAAUCCCUAAUUUGUAGUUCUGAAAAUAAUGUUAUCUUUUUCA